GAGAAAGAAAACGAUCAAAAGCUAAGAGAUCUUCACGCAAAGAUUACUCUUUCCGGCUCUUGAUUUCUUCUUGUUCUAUAGAUCUACGACUGUUUUAUUUCUAAACCCCAAAACCCGUUGUUAUUGUUAUGAUUUAAACAAAUAAAUGAUUUAUUCCUUUACAGGUAAUCCGAUUAUAGCCCUCGGAUUCUUCCCCAGAAUCACACCCUUUUUAUCUUAAAAACGGUAGAUAUCGACGAAAAAUUCCAUUUUUAUUUGAGGAAUUUGAACAAAAUAGAGAGGAGAAAAACCCAUUGUGGUAUGUCAGUUUGGUGAUGGAUUCAAGCGAAAGCGCUGCUGCUUCUCGACAAAUGGCAUCGUCCAUCGAGGAUAUUCAUGAGAGUCGUCAACAAGAAUUAGAAAAUUUGACAUUGACAACACAACCAUUCAAAACAUUAAGGUUUUUCGUUCUGGCUAUCUAUCAAUAUUUAAAGCGAUCAACACUGUAUCUUUUGGCAAAGGGUGGUUGGCUUAUGCUUUUAAGCAUUCUAAUAGCAGUUCUUGUAGUUUUGCUUGUAACCAUUGAGGGUCCUCAUGAAAAGCAUGUUGAGGAAGUUUCUCGGUAUGUUCGGUUUGGACUGUGGUGGAUAGCACUUGGUGUUGCAUCUUCAAUUGGUCUUGGAUCAGGACUCCAUACUUUUGUCCUUUAUUUGGGUCCUCAUAUUGCCUUGUUUACCAUAAAAGCAAUGCAAUGUGGACGAGUAGACCUGAAAAGCGCCCCGUAUGAUACAAUACAGUUGAAGAGAGGCCCUUCAUGGCUGGAUAAAUCCUGUGAAGAGUUUGGACCUCCUUUGUUUUCAACAUCCCAUGGUUCAAGAGUUCCUCUUAGCAGCAUACUACCGCAGGUGCAGAUGGAGGCUAUCUUAUGGGGAAUUGGGACUGCACUAGGAGAGCUUCCUCCUUACUUUAUCUCAAGGGCUGCCAGUGAGUCGGGCAGAAAAUUUGACGCCAUGGAAGAAUUGGAUGCUUCCUCACUCGAGGAAGAAUCUGGAGUCAUAGCUACUUACCUGAAGAAGAUAGAACGCUGGCUGCUAUCUCACUCCCAACACUUGAACUUCUUUACCAUUUUAGUUCUUGCCUCGGUCCCCAAUCCUUUAUUUGACCUUGCCGGCAUCAUGUGUGGACAAUUUGGAAUUCCAUUCUGGGAGUUCUUUCUCUCAACAUUGAUCGGAAAGGCUUUCAUUAAAACAUACAUACAGAUGGUUUUCAUUAUCUGUGUCUGUAAUAAUCAACUCCUUGAUUGGAUAGAGAAUGAAUUGAUCUGGAUUCUGGGCUUCAUACCCGGACUCGAAACUUUCUUGCCGACCCUCACGGCAAAACUUCAUGCGGCCAAAGACAAGUACUUGGCUGCCCCACGCACACUGCCUUCAAAUAUCAAGGGAAAGUGGGAUUUUUCGUUCGCAUCGAUCUGGAAUACCGUCGUGUGGCUUAUGCUCAUGAACUUCUUUGUCAAGAUUGUGAAUGCAACUGCUCAGAGGUAUCUUAAAAAGCAGCUCGAUAAGCAGGUAGCUGAUAACUUAGCUGCUGCUUCAACAGAUUCGGAUUCAGAUACCGGUAGCCGAUAAAUUAAUGGUCUUUUCAGAGAUUAAUACCAUUGAACCCCCUGCUCUAAGCUGGUCCCCUUGUUGGAAUGUUGUAUAAACAGAAAGAAUAGGAACACAAGACAACAUAAGAUAUACAGGUUCAGUUUAUAUCCAUUUUAAUGCUGCCUUUAUCCCAUUGUUGAAGUACUGUACUGAUUGA